UUUUUUUGCUUCCAACUUUGCAGCGAAACUUUUCUGAAAUGCAAUCUUCCAAAGCUACCACCCUCAACGUCUUGACGCACAUGAGUGGAACCAAUUCAAAGAUUAGUUGGGGAAGUACCUACGACUAUAUCUAGUAUAAGGCCUCGCGGAUACGAGAAUAAGUAAAAAUGGCGGGGGUUCCCGAGAAAGCCCGCUUCUUUCUCGAACGUGCAGUCCCCCAACUACGCGAAUUCGAAUCCAAGGGUAUCUUUACCGCCGACGAAAUCCGAUCGCUCGUUCGAAAACGUACCGACUUCGAGCACCUCGUCCUAUCACCGGGAAACAAACCAUCGGACUGGCUUAACUACGCAGCCUGGGAGAAAUCUCUUGAAUCGCUCCGCGCAAAAAGAUGUCGCCGAUUACAGAUUCGUACUUCAUCGAAGCAUACGGGACAAGGCAGAAUAUUUGGAAUACUAGAACGGGCAGUUAAUAGACAUCCCGGCGAUGUUGGACUUUGGAAGGCAUACUUGACUUACGCUAGAGACAUGAAAGCUACGAAAAGAUACCGGAAGAUCAUUAGCAGAGCAUUAAGAAUGCACCCAGCAAAGCCAGAGCUCUGGAUAAUGGCGGGGAGGAGAUCGGCGAGCAAUGGCGACAUGCAAGCGGCGAGAGGAUUUUUCAUGCGCGGCGCUAGGUUCUGCACAAAAGACGCCACAGUAUGGCUCGAAUAUGCUAAGUGCGAGAUGGAGUGGUUGGAACGAAUGGAUGCGAAACGAAAGAAGGGUGGCGCCGAAAGAGCCAUUCAAGAACAAGCCGAGCAUAGCGACGACGAGAUUAAGCUUAUAGAGGAAGGCAGUCAAGACGACGAGGGUGACGACAAUGACCAACUGGUCCUCCCCAAUCCCGAUAAGUCGGCUAAGAAAAAGGUCUUCGACAAGGACACUACCAAGACGUUACAAGGCAACCCGGCGCUGGAUGGUGCUAUUCCCCUAGCUAUCUUCGACAUUUCCAAGAAGCAACCAUUUUUCAGCUCUACAGUGGCAGAGCAAUUCUUCGACGUUUUUGCCAACUUCAAUGCCGUCUCCGCACAAGUUCGAACCGUUCGACACGUUUUAGAUAGCAUGACCGAGUCGUAUCCCAACGACCCGGCAACCUGCUUUUGUUAUACCCGACAGCCUUUGGUAGGCAUCAGCAUAGAUUCGCCUUCGUACCCUAAGGCUCUACGGGACUCAUUAGCCCGAUUCAAAUCAUCUCUUUCCACAACUACCAACAGACUCCAACUAGCCGAUAAGGUGAGGAUAUGGGUUGAGCCCAUCCUAGCCUCCGAUAACCUUGAUCCAGCCAUCCAAACAGUUCUACAGCACACCAUCCGAACACUACCUCAAUCAUGAAUGCAAUGGCUAUUCCAGCAUAGCUCUAGUCAGACUCGCCGCCUCGCUGCUUUACCACCUCCAUCAAAUACUCGAAUUCGGCAGGACUGACGCGACUCACGCUUAGUCGGGUCUGUUUCAGCAUUUGCAUGUUCUCGAGUGGCUGUCCCGGUUGGCCCAUCUCACGGAGUUCUUUCAAUCCAAUCUGUUGAUUAAAUUUACUGCGAAACUUAACAUGCACGACGCUCCAUUUCGGAUUAUCAGGCUUGGAAGAAGCGUCGUAGUAAGGUGCCUUAGCAUCGUGUGCCGAGACUAGAGCAGGGUGAGGACGUAUUUACGGAUUAGAGAUAAAAGACUUACGGUCGGGGGAAUGUUCUUGUACAACCUGCAUUGUGCCUACGAUACCCGGUUCCUUGCAAUUGGAGUGGUAAAAUAAGGAUAUGUCGCCUUUCUUCAUAGCCCGAAGAUUAUUACGGGCGACAUAAUUUCGGAUGCCUAGGAAUUAUAAUGAGUAUUUAGAAUCCCUAGGUAGAAUAGAGAAAUGAUGAAAUCUUACCAUCCCAAG